CGCUAAACCACGUUUUCACCACUGUCUCCUUAGGGAAUUCUGAUUUCUUUUCGGACAUGAAAAGAUUAUAUUGAGUAUUCUCCAACAAGUCCUCGUCCUGAUCCUGUCUUUACAAGUGAUAGACAGUAAGAUAUUGAGUAUUGUGAAUUUAAGUCCUCUUCACUGAGUGACAGUAAAGAUGCGCGCUUGCCGGCUUCUGCUUCCGUGUAUGGCGACUUGCGGGGUUUUGGCGUUGUCAGAAACGAAAAAGCAGCAUGCUCUCGCUGUGGACGUGGAUGGGGAGACCACCAACGUGACUCCGCCAAAUAACAAACCGAUGUUUGACAUCCCUUUCCUGAUGCCGCAAUCAGUGCCAUACGACAAGGAUGAGGGGGCGGCGCCGUUUUCGGGGGGAGGGGUAAUACUAGUACAAAUAGUAGAUUGGUGGAUAGUAGAUUUGAAAUAGAAUGUGGUUCCAAGUUCUCUUCAAGGUGAUUGAUUCGUAGGUAAGCAAAGAAGCUCGCAUUGGUGACUUCAUCUUUGUUUACCAGAUACUAUUCAGCAUCAUGCUCAUGCUCAUCUGUUAGCCUUAGCACAAAGUUUUAAUGUUAAAGAACAUCUUUACGCUUCAUCCUCCAACGCUUAGGCUCGCGUGAGUGCCAGCUCAAGUUUUGUGGAGACGUCGCGGCGUCAAGCCACGGCAUCAGCCCAAGGCUCGUCAACCGUUCCUUCGGGUGUCAUAUGCCAACCCCGGUAUCCUCAAGUAUGCACAUUAUACGAAGAGGACAGCACCACUGGAGACAACUUAAUGUGCUUGCACAAAUACUCCGGUUCUUCCAGCUUGAAGCGUACGGAUUUUAACCGAGAAGACUGCUACAAGAUGAUUAAGAGUCCAUGUUUUUUUUUCACUUUUCAUCGACCGAACAUAGUCAGAAUCUCUGCAAUUAGGCAUUUGCGUAUGCACUUUUUGCAUAAUUUAAUGAUAAUCAUGAUAAUUAGGCGUGACGUGUAUAAUGGUCGGCCAUGUCUGAUUAUGAUCUGAACCCUCUAACGUGGCAACCGUCCAGAAUUGUCUGGAAACAUAUCGUCAGGACGAGUGCAAAAUAGAACGCGGGGGAGAUGGGUAAACUUCCAACACUAAGAUGCUAAUUAAGUAAGAUCUUGAAACCUUCAACGCCUCAGCAGGAGGCCGCGCGAGAUCCGUAGAACUGUUCAGUGCGCCAGUUAAAAGGCCUGUAGACUAAUGGCCACCAGGACGGAGCUCCAUGGAUCAGCAUAAGAAGGCGAAGGACCUUCUGGGGCGGCUGUUCCGCUCUAGGUCCUUCGCGUGGCUAAGUAAGUAGGUAGAAACUUUGGGUCAAGGAUACAGGUGGCCGAUCAUUUCUAGGAUUUAUCUUUAUGCACCUGGUUCAAGUUGUUGGAUCUCCAAGGGGAUGCAAGUUCUCAAAACUUGCGUUCGUAUGAGAGGCAGACUCGACGAUGACCAUCAAAAGCCACCGGCUUCCCAUGCUUUCUUACUUUUUCUUGCUGCCGUUUGGCUCAAGACUUCGGUCAGGAUUUUAUUGCUUUGAGUGGCGUGGUGGUGCGUAAAGCUCCUCGCGUGGAGUAGCGUCGCUGAUUGUUCUCGCCCCCGCUUUCUCUGCGUCAUAAAACAUAUUUCAAGAAAACGAUAGCGGUAGGCGUCGCAAGUGGUGGACCCCCGUGGCAAAUGGCCGAGGUUGGGUCAUAAAAGUCCUUCCUUGCGUGUCCCGCGUGGUUUUUGUAUGGUUUAGAUAUAGCGGAGAGCUUUCGAGCUUUUUUGGGGUGAGUUGCGCUCUCUUAAAACAGAACAGAACCCCAAAACUUGUGGUUAAGAAAUCAUGAACCGCAGCGCCCUGAAGAUCCUAAAUUACUAACUUCUGAAAGUUCUCAAACUUGGCUCAAGUGGUUCGCCAGGAGGUUGGAGGGCAAUAAAUUUAUUAACUUUAUUUACAUCUUCAUGGUGGUUCGGAUGAUCAAUGUGAUUUCUUUUAAGGAAUCUCGUGCGGGUCAUGCAAAUUCGUCCAAAUUUGCACGACCUCCCCGAAGAAUUUGAAAAAAUCUGACGACUUUCAUAGAUCUGCAUGGGGUUCCGUCUUUGCAGUUAAUUAGUUUUCUCCUCUCCUUUUUCCUAUUAGCCACUUGGAAGCAAGAGGUCGUAGCGGCUUUCUCAUUUCUCCUUCUCAUGUCGAGCCAUUUUGGCUCAAAAUUCGAAACCGUUUAGACAGGACUUGAAAGCGGGCUCGGCCUAAUUGCGUUUGAUAUGAGAUUCGAAACAUGACAACGCAACUCGAGUUACCUCAAGAGAACCCCAGCUAUCCCCUUUUCUUGAGCGUGUGCGCUUUUUUCGUGGUAGUAAUUUGCGGCCCGGGAGGCUGCAAUGAAAAAUAUUCUUUCACUUUGGUGAAGAGCCUGAGCAUAAAUCUUGCUCAAUUUCAUAUCCCCGACCCCCUAGAGCUCGGAAUAGUGUAGAACAAAAAAUGGCGCCGCAAAGCCAAGAAAACGAAGGGGAACGGCCCCCCCACGACGCUCAAGGAGGAGCGGCAGAGGGUGCCGAAGCUCAACACGGUGGGCAGCAGCCGGCCUGCGCUUCCUCUGCAACGUCUUCCGGGCAUAUUUUUGACGUGACUCGGCGCCGAUUUCGUCGCGAUGGAACUCGUUUUGAGCAUUCGCAAGAGCUACCCACGGCUGAGGAGGUCGAGCCUUCGGAAUCGAGUGUCGGCGCAGCGAGUGCCGGCGCCGAGUCGUAUCGUUUGGAAAAGAGCCUGGGGAACGUGCUGUGGCGGCAGGAGAAGCAGCCGGGCACGCCGUAAAAGCGGCUGGAAGCUUCCCCCAGGGAUUUUAUGCCACGUUGACCAAGGAGGAGCCGCAAGGACAACCGCCACCGCGGCGCCAGCAAGCUGCGGCAACUGCCUUCGAUCACACACCGGGCGAGGCGGAUGAGCACUUCAGCGAGCGCUACAACCGUCAAACAAGCCCGCUUUUCACGCCGGAGCGUGAUGGCCGGAAUUUGAUGGAGGGAAGUGCCUUGCGUCUUGGUAUGCAUCAGGAGCAGCAACAAGAAGAGCGGCGUGAAGACUUGCAACCGGCCGCAGCGCCGGGAUGCAUGACACGAACAACCGACGAAAAGCCUUUGGCCGUCGUCUUUUGGGCCGACUCGUAACCUGUUCUCUAUGCCGACCGGAGACGCCGGCGCGGGUCUCUCCGAUGUCUUUACGAGCAUGGGAAAACGAGCCGAGGCAGCGUUCUUUGAGAAGGAGCCGAAAGCGCCGCGCCCCUUCUGCGCCGAGGAUCAGGAAGAACGCCGCCCCGGAAGCGAAGCGGUCUUCUUCACCAAUUCCCAACAGCCCGCGAAACGCUACAGAGAGCCGCAGAACAAGAACAGCGCUCCUACCAUCCGCCGGGAAUGAUGGACAUGGGGCAGCAGCACGAAGAGCAGUCCAAGAAGCAAGAGCAAGGGGACGGAUUUGAGCAGGAUCAACAGCGCACGCACCUGGGCGAGCACUUCAACAAGAUGCAGCAGAAGCAGAAACGAGGCAGCAAGUUGCAACACGGAAAAACCACCACGAAGAAGCCGCCUUCGGUUGGCUUCCAGUUGCCUCCAAGGUGGACUUCUGAAAUCGUUCGGGAGCUCGACGAAGUGCCGGGCGCUUUGCCUGAUAUUGCUCGCACCAUCGACAGCACCGGAAAAGCCGGCGAAAUUGUUUGGGCUGGCUUAAAAUGUGGGGACUUCUCGGGCUUAGCUCGGGAGCACAUCAAGGAAAAAGCUCGGAAAGCCGUUUCGCGCGUUUAUGGCUCUGGAAGUGUUCGCGUGGAGUUGCGUGCCGGUUCGUUGAUCGCAGACUCGCUUCGAGGAGAUCCGCGCGACUCGUCUGCAGCAGUUGAGGUUGACGGAGAUGGGCGGCAACGAGGUGGCAGCAACUUGCGUUCGCUGGUGCAGCUACUGGCCGCGGCAAUGAAAGACGCAGGAAACGAAAUGGCAGCAGUGGAGCUCUCGCAGAACCUCACCUGUCGCGACUUAAGUUAAAAGCGGCCAGACAGGCGGAAGCGGUGUCGGAGACUGUGGAAAACCGUCAGCCGCUGAAACAGUACCAGGCGGAAAAGAUGCCGCGGCGCGCUUGGGACGGCAUGCAGCUUGGGGACGUCGCCAACGGCAUUAGAAAGCGCAUCGCCAGAACGCUUGCGAACUUCGACGCGGUACGAGAUUCCGAAGGGGUUUACCACGCUGCUUUCGAUGACUUCGCCGACCAACUUCGUCACGAAUUCGGCGCCACAAACCACGUCGCGACCAUCUCCACACUGGCGGGGCUUUUGAGCGCAGGCAAGUACACGACCGCAGGGAAGAAGCAGGGCGCGGCCCUCGUUGCCUUCGUGAGUUCUUAUCGUGUCCACUUCGAAAGGCUCAUGGAGGAACGCAGAGAAACCGGCAGCACGUUUGUCACCUUGUCAGAUGUCGCUGGCAGCGACAUCGAGCGCAAGAACAUGGCGAACAAUUUGAAGUAGGUACCGCAGCGGCUUACUGAUUUGGAUCGUGACCAAGACCGGCGACUACUCUACGCUGAAGCGCUUCGAAGCAGAAAACGCCGCCGGAAGUGUUGGGCUUUAUUUUUUAAAACGGCACAGGGGAGGCCAGGAGGGUUUCUUUUUUAUUAGUUCCCGCUGAUUGGUGGCGGGCUCGUGGUUGGAGUAGGUUGGGAAGGAGUUCAGGCCGGCUCUUGGUCUUGUGUCUGGCGUGUGUGCGGGGCAGGGGUCUUGGAGGCGUUGGGGAGGGUGCGUAGCCUGGCCUUGUUUGGCUUGCUUGCUCGUGCUCGAGCAGUCGCUCCCGGGGUUUCGUUUGCUGCUGCGUUGGGCCCUUUGUGUUGCUCUGACUGGGGCCGGCUCGAUCGUCUUCGUGAAGGUUUGCCCUCAGUUUCGACGGAGCUCGCCUGCGUAGGUUGCUGCGGGUGUCUGCUUUGGGAAAGUUUUCAAAAUAUAAAACCUGCCCAAAACCAAAAGGCUCGGGUCUUUCUGUCUGUGGGUUCUGUGGUAGGCUAUGCGUAAGGGCUUCCAGGCCCUUGAAAGUUUUUGGCUUUUUGCAGUUUUUUUGCCAGAAUGUCGCGCGUUUUUUUGGCUUUUUUUUUCAUGCGAAAACUUCUUGGGGAAAGUCUUGAGCUUUUUGCGGAAGUAGAAAAAAGGGCAGAAGCCUUUGGGCCUUUUCUUGUCAUUUUGAAGCCCAGGAGGGUUCGGCGGGUGAAGUGCGGCGGCCGGUUCUCUGGUGUUGUGGGUUGGUCCUCUGUCGUAUCCGAGCAGGGUGGGACGUGUUGCACCUGGUUAGGAAAGGGCGGAGGCUCGCAGGAGUUGACUUGAGAGGGCUGACCGGCCCGCGGGAGUUGGGUUUCUGACUCUUUUUGGGGUUGUUUUGGUGGGCUUGUGCUUGUGGGUGCAGGCUAAAAAAUGAAAAAAAGUCCGCGCAUUUUUGAAGGGCGGGCUCAUUUCGAGGCGCUUCGGGAUAGAGACUACUUCGGGGACCGCGGAGACACGCUUGGGCUUGAGGAGCAGCCCUUGCAGGCAAUCCUAUGUCGAAUUGCGAUCACCGGCCAAGCAGAGCAAGCGAAACAGCAGCAGCAGCGCCCCGCCGGCAUUCCGCCGGAAGCAACGCCGCGAACACUAACAGGAAACCGAAACGAAGAGAGCAAGUCGGGAGCGAUGACCCCGCGGGCAGUGUUAGAAGAGCAGAACAGGCACACGACAACGCAGACGCAAGCAACGACCUGGAAGCAAGGAGUGAGACCGGAAGGAGCAGCGUGCGGCGGGGACCAUAGAUACACCAGACCAACCGCGCAAAGUUCAGCAAGCGCGUAAACGCCAUCGAGCGGCGCGCCGGAGCCUUGCACGCAGUAGGUUUCUGCCGCUAUUCUUGCCAGAAGCACCACGCACAAGACCACCGGAGACCCCGCCGGCAUCCUCUGCCCCGACAAGAUUGCCGCCGGGGAUUGACGUGAGGGGAAUGGUCUGCGCUGUAACAUGGUUUGCGCCCCGUAUGAGCACCGAGAAGAUUUGACCGAGAUGCCUACGCGUCGUCUCGGUGCAAUGAACAGCGAGCAGCAAGACCAAGAGCCGCAACAAGUGCAAGCGCAAGAGCAGAAAGGAAGCCGACGGGCAGACAGCAACAGAGCAGCAACAGAAACAGCAAGGCGACAAGCUCUACGGCGAAGCAGAUGCAGAAGGUUGGCAAAAGGUUUCGGCAGGUGCGCAAGGAAAGUGGAGAGCGAGUGGGAAGGGCUUUAAGGCGAUGGACAGCCUGAAGGCGCCCGCGGCGGUUUUUCUGCAUAUCGCCGAAGACGAGCUGAAAAGGUACGCAGGUGGAGCGGCGACUGAUAGCCGUCAUGAGUGGCGUCCCGUCUUUUUCGAACCUCGUGAGCUGCUUGCCUUCACGUUAAAAGUUUGCACAGCAUACGCGGAGCAGCAAGGAGCGUUCGCGGAAGUCGACGCGGCUUCGGGUUCGUUGAAGUUCUCGCGCGCGUUAACGUUUGAAGAGGUUUUCGAGAUUCGCAACGCAGAAACCGGAGAUGAGAAAGAGUUCAGAACGAAGACGCAGGGCCGCCGGCUGUGGGUUCUUUUAAACAGCUGAAGGAAACGAGAAAGCCGCUGACCCCGUUGGGCGUACCGUAGUGCACGUUGAAGGGGCUGCAGUUGAAGCUUUCUUCGAUGGUUGUUGUUUGGUAGGAGCUGAGGAAGAGGGUCAGAAUCUGAUCGAUGAGGCCUUCUUUGAACAACUUCGAAAGCGCAGCCCUGACGCAGUUCGCAAUCUUCGCGAAGUUGGUAGAGACGUAGGCCAGCUACUUAGGAGCCGCAGCACACCAAGUUCCGUACGUUCGUCGGCGUGUCGAAGUCCUCACCACAGUCGCCGAAAGCAGCAGUCUAUGCGGACUCCUUUCGCGGUGGGUCCGUGGCGGUGUGUUGGUGACAGCGUGGCGUCUGGCCUUCGUUAUUUCGAUGAGGUGCUCGGAGUGAAGUACGAGCUGAAGGCGCUGAACCUCACGAAACUCAUCCUCUCAACCCCGAGAGGAGUGGGAAACUACGACGGAGCCCCAUGGAUCAGCAUAAGAAGGCGAAGGACCUUCUGUGGCGGCUGUUCCGCUCUAGGUCCUUCGCGUGGGUAAGUAAGUAGGCAGAAACUUUGGGCCAAGGAUAGAAAUGGCCGGCCAUUUCUAGGACUUAUCUUCACGCACCUGGUAGAAUUACAAGAAAAAAGCCCCCAGUUGGCGCACCGUAACGAUUUGAAACGAAAAGAGACCCACGCCAGCGCAACGACAGGAGCACCGACCCACCGCGGCCCCGCUUGCGCUGCGCCUCAUCUGUUACGCCGCCCGAACUCAGUCAGUUUCGUGAUAGAGUACCAAGCUGGGCCAUUUGGCAUGCCCACGCGCAACACAUCGCAAACAAACAGCCCCCACACUAUGAAGAAACCACAGCAAGCUAACCAGCCGAGCCACUGCGGGCGGCUAUGAUCAUCACCCAACCACAGCAGACAGAAAAUCCGAACCACCCCCGGAGCAAACUGACGCUCGUCAUGGGCUUUAAACCAGCCACACCUGUGCACUCCGCGCAGCUCGCCGCCGCCCGCCUGCUGGCUGCUCGCUGGUAGCUGGCUUGGAGAUCUCACCCGGCUCGUCAUCAUGUGGCUGGCCGCUGCUCUUCAUCCCUCGACACGUCCCGGCGUGGCGUCCGCUGGGGCUUUGCCCCAGCAUCUGCGCUCCCGUGAUUUCAUCUGCCGCAUGUGUGUCCAAUUCUGCUCGCUGCCAGGAAUUCACGCGCGCGCCCAGUCUGUCGCCCUCUCGAAGCUUGUCAGGUGGCGCGUGUUGUUGAGUUUAUCAAAGCAAGCGCUGCGCGGCGGUGAGGGGCGUCCGCCAUCCACGCGGGCCCCAGCGAGCUCAAGGGGCUGGCUGGGAACUGUGCUGAGGUGAAACCGCCCACCUCGCCGAGAAGUGUCAGCCUGCCAAGCCUCCAGCUUCCGCGACGAGAGGACGCCUCGCCGUCUUCGUCUCUUGCUGCUCCUUCUGUUGACUCUUGGCCCGCGAAAGAGGUUCGUCUGUGGCUUCCUUGCGGGCAGCAAAACAGUGGAGCGCCAUGUCAGUCCGGCAGGGGGGUCCCAAACGCGUAACACGAAACAAAAUUUUUUUUUUCGUUUUGUGUUAUUUUAUAUUUUUAAGGGGGGCGCCGGUGUGUUUCAAAUCGUUACAAAUCGUUACAAAUCGUUACAAAUGAUUACAAAUGAUUACAUCUGAACUACAUCUGAUUUACAUCAGAUUACCAUCUGAUUACCAUCUGAUUACAAAACAAAACUUUUUUCGGAAAAGUUUUGCUUCGUAAUCAGAGGAACUUUCAGACGGGUCAGACGGUUCGCGCGCGUUGUUGAUCCAAAAAAAAGCCCGGAUGGAUCACCAGACGACGACCCGAGAAGAGCACCCCAACCCAAGGCGCGCCCACUUUCUGUAGCCUACAACUUUGCUGAAGCGUAGGCCUAAGCGUGAAGAUGUGCCUUGCCCAGGUCUGCUCCGAGCUUGCCACCCGAAGAGGAAGGCAAGCCUUUCCCUGGCUUGAAGGCGGGACGCCAAAGGCAGCCCGCUGCAAUCCAGGAGAGCUUGGGGGCGAGCACCACUCUCCACCGCCAGCAAGAUGCGACAGACCUGGAGGAAGGCCUCUCCUUGAGGGGCCAGCGGCGGGUCGUGACGUCUGGGAUGCUUGAGGUGGCUGGCAUCUCCGAACAAAGGCGCACACGGUGGGAGACAGACACACACUGACGCACAGGAGAGGGACCUUGGUGACAAGCGCCCCCGCGUCAGGUCCAGUUCUCAGUUCUGCUUGCCUCUAAAUAUCGACAUGCCGCGAGCCCUUCAGCAGGCCACACACACCCAGCACCAGGGUAGCGCAUGAUCACAAGAGCCCUGGGGCAACGACUGCAAGCCCAUGCAAAGGAGAAGCCCUCAGCCAACGCCAUCCGCAAAACAUGACCACGCGCCCCCGAUGGCGUGCAGCCAAAGCGAGGCGCCGCGCCCAUGGGGUCCCGGCGUCAGCGGUCGCCUGUCUUCAAGAAAGUGACAAGCGCGCGCACCUCCUAGCGCCAGCCCUUGCUUGGCAGCUUGGGGAGGCUCCACCCGGAGGCGGAGAAGCGCAGCCUUUUCACAAGUAGCAGCCCGUGGCGGCGAGGGUUCGGCUCUUGUUUGGUGUGUAAUCGGUAGAAAAUCGAGCAAAGACCUUUGCCUCUUUUGGUUUCAAAUGAUUACGGGGCAGGUUCUGGGCAGGUUUUUUUUGUAAUAGAAGUUGUUGGAUGUUCAAGGGGAUGCAAGUUCUCAAGAGUUGCGUUCGUAUGAAAAGCAGACUCGACGAUGACCAUCAAAAACCACUGACUUCCGUGCUUUCUCCCUUUGUCUUGCUGCCGUUUGGCUCAAGACUUCGAUCCGGAUUUUAUUGGAUUGGAGUGGCGUGGUGAUGCGUAAAGCUGCUAGUACGGAGUGGCGUCACUGAUUGUGUUGGUCAUGUAUGGCUCAAGCCUCUCGGAUGCCGUGUUGUUCUGUUCUCAGUGGCUCAAACUAAGCCUUGUGUUCGACUGUCAUCGGGAUGAUCUCAAAGGACAUGAAUGCCAAUGAUCAUGAACGCUACUUCCAAUGCUCAUUCAUAGUGAUCAACGGAUAGACUAGGUAUGGUUUUCCUGAUCCUAGUCGUAUGAUGCAUGUUCAGUCCGGUCCCUUCUGACAUGCUUACGUUGAUGAUGGAUGCCUCAUCUUACCCAAUGAACCAAACAGGGACUACACCAGCCAGUGAUCAUAAGUCACAGGCAGGCAUACUGAGAUUUGCUUGCUUUCAAGAUUCAAGCCUUGUGUUACCACUGAGAAACGAACUUGGCGCGGAGGCCUGUGUUCUUGUGGUCCAACAGAUUGCCCUUUCCCCCGUUUUCCCUGCGUUAUAUAUUAAUUUCAAUAAAACGAUAUCGGUAGGCGCCCAGCAAGCGGCUUUCUGCCCCGCAUCGUUCGCAACCCAUGCUGUGCGCUGUCGGAAAGGGGAAAAAAGGGUAUCUAUGUAUAAUGCAUUCCAUCUUUUUCGUCCGAUGUAUAACUGACUGAAAGAUGUUGAUAAGCAGAUAGCCUCCUUUUAUGCACAUGCCUUAUGCGCUACUCCGAUCCUCUGCGUUGCCACUCUACUUUGUGAUAGAUCAGAAAAACGGAUGAAGCAAAUCGUCUCUAUCCAUAUCACCAAAUCCAGAAAGCAGCGCUCAAGAGAGGCUAAAAAAAAUGCGCAAUAUGGAAGCUCUCAAGGAGAUUGACAGGAAGACGAAAGAGAUGGAAAGCCAGUUCAACCGUGUGCAAAGCGAUGACCAAUUCAAGCCCAAAAUGCAGGCGAUUUUCGAGCCGUUGAAAUCGCUUCAAGGUGGUAGAGGAGGGCUUUUUGACAUUGAGCCGGUUGAGAAUCCUCUAAAGCAAGCAGAAGCGAAGUCGCUUGAAGGCGAAGAUUAUGGCUAGUAUUGUUGAGAAACGGGAAAAAUUAGCGGCCAUGGUAUACUGUCCUAAGAUCAUGAGUCGCAGAUGCAUGAUAGGUUGUCGUAAAUCCAUGAUCUCGUAUGUUUAAAUUAUGAGAGCACGCUAACAAGAAAAGUUAAACAUCAUCGACUCUAAUUACUACGCAGUAAACUCGUGGAUAUCGCAUUCAAUGGCCUUGACGCUUGGGAGGCCCGCAUAGAAGAAGAGAAGAAGCAUCAAGAUGAGGCAUUUGAAAAGGCCAAGGCGCUGGGUAACGAGUGGGCGAGCGGGAAGAUCAAAGCCGCGCAAGAAAAGCUGGAUAUGGGGGCCGCGGGUCGAGGUUACGGCUCUUGAUAAUUUUCAUUCUCCAGUCCGAUCUCGUCACGAGUCCAGUGGCUUCGUUUGCGACUUAGCUGCUAGUACUUUAGUUUCACCAUACGGAUAUGGACGGGGGACUCAGCUUGUUAGAAGCAGUCUCAAACUUUUUUUGCGAGACGUUCAUUUGUGCGUACUUGAGCGCUCUAACAGAAAGGUGCUGGCAAAAAGAGGGCUGUAUCUCUAAUAGUGCUUUGGUUUACUUCCGUGUAACUGCCCUAGAAGUCUGAAAACUUACUGCGAGAAUUGUCUUAUUUACAUUUGCGUGAUCUAACUACAAAAUGCUGCCGCAGUCAGGCUUCAAGGAUACCUCGAUCGCGCCACAACCGGGAUGCAGAACGGAGAUUACGAUGGAGUUGGAUUGGAGAUCGAUGACUUCACGAGAUAUCUCAAACGAGUUGGAAACGGAAGCCCAAGCCAGUAAGUCCUGUCGUUGAAUGAAAACCAUCUUCGCUGGAAUACAUGUAGUCGUAUUUGCGGUGAUGGAACUAAAGCUCAAGAAAAGUUGGACCAUGCCCAUGAUGAAUAGCACCUUUUUUCCGUAAAGUUCUCGCUUUUGUCAAUGUCUCUGUCCAAUACAGAAUGGAUGCAGGACGAACAAUCCAUUUGCUGACAACUCAACUCACGUUCCCGGAAGCAUUCUUUGUACUUGUAGUGGUUUCAUAAUUGAUAUAUUUACGGUGUAUAGAUAGUUGUCGUUGUGUAAGUCUUCAUCCCCUGGGACUCUGAAUGCACAGAGUCUAUUCUUUCCUGGAUGUAAUGGACCCUCAAGCAUCUCUCUCUUCUGUGCGGCCUGUAGUUUGUUCC